GAUUUCCCUGUGAAAAACCUUCGUUCAGGGGGAAAUGGACUUGGUUUUUUUUUCAGGCCGAAUCUAGCUCAGAUAUUACAUCGUGUUUGUGAGUUUGUAGAAUCUAUCGCUACAUGCACAAAGUCAAUUGAUUUCCGAGUUUCGGAGCAUCGGAUGUGCCAGCCAAUAACGAUCGUGUUACCAUUUUCGGUUUAUGAUGAACUGAAAAUGGUAACAUGAACGUGAUUGGCUGGCGCUUCGUAUGCUGAAGGUGCAAAAGAAACAUGGCGACGAUUGAACGAUCUCAGUCACAUCAUCACUUGAAAAACUUGUAUUUUUUUAUAUUUCGAAGGUAAUUUGUGAGAUUCAAAAUGAGACUUGUGUACUUUUGUGAUGAGUUACAAUCACGUCUUAAACUAUGCAAUACAAAUCCAAUACAUGUACGGUAUACUGGUAAGCAAUUUUCGGGUAUCAGGUAUUGAUUUUUCUACCCGGGUACCUGAGGCAUGCGGGCGGGACCAGGGUACCCGGGUUUUAGACCCAGCCCUACUCAGGAGCACAAACUGCAUCUAUGGAGCUGGUUCUCUCUGUGAUUGGAAACAUUGACAUUUUCUCACCUUGUAUAGCCCACCACUAUUUUUAGUCUUUUUAGAUCCAUCCAUCACCCAUCGUAUACUCAAUAUUAUAAUAUUUACUUGUCCUCGGUAUUCUCUUUAAGAUGAAAUAAAAAUGGCAAUGUACAUGUAUGGAAUGUUAUUAUUAAAAAAAAGUGUGUGUUUGAGAGGGGGAAAAAAGUAAAACAGAAUGCUGAAAAUUUGAAAGAAAUUAGAAUAAGAAAGUUAUGGCAGCAGUGUGGUGAUCCCUAAGACUAUGUAAAUUUCAAAUUGGCAAUUUGCUAAGUGAAAGAUGACACGUGACAGGGACAACUUUCCAAUGGGGUUUGCCCUUAAUUAUAGAUUUGUGAGUUUCUCCUAAGAACUUAUUCCCCUGGUGCAGUAAUAAAGUUAUAACACAGAAUGUCCUCGUGGAAGAAAACUUCUUAAUAAAUUACAUCUGAGCCAUUUUGUGUAUUGGAGCACAUAAAAGAAGAGUCAUAUCUACCUUAUAUCACAGUGGCAAUGUCUCCAUGAUUACAUGUAUAGCAAGAUCACAACUUUUAAAAAUGCAACUUGUUGGCUUGCUAUUGUUCAAACUUCACCUACCUGCUUUGAUUUUUUCUCUAAAAACAAAAAAAGGUGCAUUUUAAUUAUUUUUUCAGAUAGAUAAUGAAGUAGAUAUUGUCAUUUUUAUAAAUAAUGAAAACUGAUAAAAGUCAAAUUCACCCCAGAAAAAUCUUGAUUUUAAUCAAAAGAGAAAAAUCAGACAAGUAUAACACUGAAAAUUUUAUCAAAAUCGGAUGUGAAAUAAGAAAGUUACAAAAUUAAAGUUUCGCUUAUUUUCUACAAAACAGUUGUAUGCACAACUCAGUGACAUGCAAAUGAGAGAGUCGAUGAUGUUCCUCACUCACUAUUGCUUUUGUUUUUUAUUGUUUGAAUUAAGGACAAUAUUCCAAUUUUUACAGAUUUGACGAUAAAAACCAACUUGACUGAACCAGAAAAUGUUAAAAUAAUGGUAAUACCACAUGUUCAGGGAGUAAUAAAGCUUUUUUCACAGUACGGGAAGAAAAUUUAAAGAUUUCAUAUAAUGAAAUACAAAUGGAAUAGUGGGUGAGUAAUGUCAUCAGUCCCCUCAUUUGCAUACUGACCAGGAUGUGAAUAUAACUCUUUUGUGAAAUUAAGCAAAGCUUAAAAAUGUCAUAACUUCUUAUUUUACAUCCGAUUUUGAUGAAAUUUUCAGUGCUAUGCUUGUUGGAUUUUCCUCUUUUUAUUCAAAUCAACUUUUGUUGGGGUGGACUUGUCCUUUAAGAAUUUCCUAUCUGACUGUGUAACCAAGAUUUCAUUUCGUCUCAAUCCCAUACUACAACACUGCAUGUUUACAUCAGACAAACACCAAUUAUGAAUUAAUCUCACCUUUUUCUUUUCCUAUCAGGUUUGUAAACACUAUCUGGUGGAUUUCUGUCCAAAUGAGCUUUUUGUGAACACAAGAUCUGAUUUAGGUCAGUGUGAGAAAAUACAUGAUGAUCAUCUGAAAAAAGAUUACAAGGAGAGUAGCCGUUUUAAGCGGAUGAAUUAUGAGGAGGAGUUCUUGCAAUAUCUCCAACAGAUCAUGAAUGAUGUUGAGAAGAGAAUCAAGAGAGGCCAUUCCAGACUGGCACUCAACAGCAACAGAGCAAAUCUGACAGCUCCUAAUAGAGGUCCUGAUGAAGAGCAGAUUAAGAUCCUAUCAGAACGCAUCACCUCACUCCUAGAGCAGGUGGAAUCCUUAGGCUGUGAAGGAAGGGUAGAUGAAGCCCAAAACGUCAUGAAGCUAUGCGAUAAACUAACCAUGGAGAGGGCAGAGUUGCAAGCUGCAUCAGAGGAAGUAUUGGACACCAUUCUUUCCCAGGAAAAGCAGAUGGAAGUGUGUGAGGUUUGCGGAGCAUUCCUCAUCGUAGGUGACUCACAGACAAGAGUAGAUGAUCAUCUAAUGGGCAAACAACACAUGGGAUUUGCCAAGAUCAAACUCACUAUUGAAGAAAUUAGGGACAAAAGGCAUAAACUAAUAACAGACAGGGAAGAUAAAAUCAGGAAAGAAAGAGAAGAGCGAGAAAAGGAAAGAGAAAAGGAGAGGGAAGAAAGAAGGAAAAGAGAACGGGAAAGGGAAAAGGAGAGGGAAAGGGAGAGAGAAGAAAGGCGCAAGGAGAGGGAAAAGAGAGAGAGAGAAAGGUCAAGGAGGCGAUCAAGGUCGAGAUCCCGUGAUCGGAGGAGGAGGAGCAGGUCCCGCGAUCGUCGCCGCAGCAGAUCUCGUGAUAGACGUCGUAGCCGCUCUCGGGAUAGAACACGUGAUAGACGAAGGAGCAGGUCAAGCGAGCAUCGCCAUCGAAGCCGAUCAAGAGAUCGUAGGAGGAGUCGUUCCAAAGAGAGGAGAAGGGAUAAGUCUAGGAGUAGAUCCAGGGAAAGAAGACAUAGCAGAAGGGGCUCUAGAGAGAAGAGCAGUAGAUCAGAAGAGAGAGGUGAUAGUAGGAAAGGAAGUCGUGACCGGUCCAGGUCCAAGUCUCCUGCAAAGGAUACCAAAGAUGAGGAAAAUAUGGAUCAAGCCCCACAGGAAAAUCAAGAAGACCAGAAGAUCGGAGAAGAGGAUUCCAGCAAGGCAGAGGAGAGUAUGGAUACAGUCGACCGAGACCAAGCUACCACUGAUGACGGCGAGAUGGGUGAGGGAGAGAAGAAGGUCAGCGUGAAUGGAAGCGAUGAACCCCAAGUCCAGAUGCCAGCAUUUUAACCAUCCAAUACUCAAGGUGACACUCAACUCUCAACAGAACUCUUUUCAGGAUGUACGGUACACUCCAGGAUCUCACUACCUUGGAGGGCACUCCAGAGGGCGACAUUUGGCAUUGGCAUCAAUCCACAACACUCUUGAGUUGCUUCAGUAUAGGUUAGAGCUUUAAUUAGGCAACACUGUACUUCAGUAUGUUAUGAAAGUUAUUUUUGUAGUUUGUUUUUUUACAUAACAUGGAAUUGAAAUAAUUGUUUUUUUUCCCUGUUUGCACUUGUUCUAUACAUGGUUCAUCGGUGUAAAGAUUGUACUAUGGUUUCAAUGCAUUUCGUGUGUAUGUACCCUUUUUUGUCAGUCUCAAUUGAGUAUAAUUAUGUCCCUGUCAAGCAAGGAAGGUCCUUAUGUUCAUCAAACCUGGAUGUGGUACUAUCCGAUUUCCUUGAACAGAUAUUAUGUGGCCAUGCAUUAGUCUUCACCUAUCAGGUAUGUGUAGUUUUAAGAUAUUAAAAAGGACUAUAUCUUACAUCUCAUUUGUUAGCUUGCUUAUCGUACCAAUCAAAGUGAACAUAUUAAUAAAUCCAGACAAUUGUGUAUUGUAAGUCAAUUUUGGGAUAAAAACAAGCACAUUCAAUCUUUCUUUCCCCUGCAGAAAAGUUCAUGUGAAAACUGCAAAAUUGAUUUGUAGUAUAUUGAUAUUUAGAAAGAUAAUAAACAAUGAUUUUCUUGUGAGUUACCCAGACUUCACUUGAAAAAAAAAGUUUUGUAUCAGCACUUUGACCAUGGAAACCUUGGUCCAGUCUCAUAAAGCUUGUAUGAAAAUGUAAACUUUGAAGCUUCUGAAAUCGCAGCAUUUGAUUGGCUAAGAGUAAUUUUCAUAGUGCAUGAUAACAUGCUUUGUGAAACCUGGUCCGAUUACGAAUCCCUUUGGAAUUGGAGAAUCAAUUUCAAUCAGAUAUUUUUGAGAUCUCUGUCUUAAAUGUUAUCCAAAAUUUAAAAUUAUAACAAUAUACUUUACUGAAAUCUAAGGAAAGAAUUUACAUUCGAGAUUUAAGGUGAUAAGUAUUAUUUGGGAAUUUAUUCCUCUUGUGCAUAUUUAAUAUUUACACAGAAAAUUAUUAAGUUGAUUGUUUUAAUCAAGCCUCUGAAAUUAUUAUUUUGGAUAAUAUGAUGGAAAAUGUGUGUGAUAGUUGUUUGUCCAUUUUUUCCACCUCAUUUUCAUGAAAAUAAAGUUAUUUUUGUUACACAGAGUUCUGAACUUAUGGGGCCUGUUGCAUAAAACUUUUUUACCGGAGAAAACUCUGGUAAAAACUGAAAACUUAAAGGUUAGUCUGAUUUCUGCCAUUGACUUUAAGACAGGGCAAAAACUCCGGUAAAAAACAACCUGAGAUUUCUCAGGUAAAAGGUUUUAUGCAACGGGCCCAUGAUGUCCGAUGUUAUAUUUUUAGGUUGGGAUGUGAUAAAUCAAUUUGCACCUAAAGUACUUCAGAAUAUCAUACAAUAUGUAAGUUGGGUUAAAAUCAUACUGCUGGAUCAUUCUACUACAAGUAUUUAAACAUGUAUAUUCAUAGCAGGAAUUCUGGUUAUUAUUUGGGGGAUAGAGACAUUGAUUGACAAAAUCAAAUAUAUGUUGUGGAUUUUUUUAUGUGAAUGAGGAGCACUACAUUGUGGAAAUUUAUGGCCUGUAAAAAAAGGUGUUGAUUUGAUCAUUUGUACAUAUUUAAUCAAAGAAGUGGGUUUUUUUCUGUUUUUUUUUCUCCAAGAAAUGCUGAAGCGUAUGUUGUUCUACAUUUGAGAAUUACAUUUUGUAAAUGAAUGGAGGAAGAAGGAAGAAAAAGAAAACAGGAGAGUAUUUCAUGAAACAAUAGUUGGUGAAUUUCACUGACAAAUGUUUUAAGCAACUGAAAUCCUUGCAUCUGAUUGGCUCAGAACAAAUUUGUAAGUGAAAAUCACUGACAAGGUGCUUCGUGAAGUACUCUUUCUGAUGAUUGUUUAUAUAAGUGAGACUUAAUCAGUAGCUACAGAUACUUAUCUCAGUAUAUGCAAACUUGGGGAGGAAAAUCAGUUUAUACCUGUCUGUAUAUCCAAGGUAGAUUUGUAAAAGAAUUUUCAAUUAUUUUUGGAAUGAAAGGAUAUAAAUUAUACUUAUCUCUGAAAGAGGUGAAUUUAAAAUACUUAAUUAUUUGAUGGGCUAAACAAAUGGAAAAUUUUCAACUAUUUGGGUUUAAUUGUGACAGUCAUGUACAGAGAUAUCUAGGAUGUGAAUGCAGUAUUUGAUAUUUACUACAUGCAUGAAAUGAGCUUCAACGUUUUUUCCAUAUAUUUUUGUUAGUACUCUUUCUGUAUGCUUGCAAUGAAUGAUCUCCAUAUAAACACAUGAGGGAGAAUGUAAAUUAAUCUUUCAUCAAAUUGAAGAGAUGGAUACUUCUUUGAUUUCCUGCUUACUUGUUUAGAAUGAAUACGACAGCCAUAGGAACCGUUUGUGUACCUCGAUGGGCUGAAGGGAUUGGCUCUGGGUUGGGGAAUUUGGGAGUGAGUUUCUAUGCUAGCUUUGAAAAGGAAAUAAAGCCCCCCCCCCCCCCUCAAUCAAGGUCCAAUCUGGACUAGAAUUACACUUAAUCCAGGGACGUCCCUGCUUAAUCAAAUCUUUGAAAUAAAAAAAUAUGGAAUGAUAUGAACCUGCCUGUCAAAAAUCUCAUACUGUUUUGCCUUCUUGACACCUUGGAUAGCAUUUUUAAGUGAGAUGCAGGAAGAGCUUGAUAUGUGUACUCAGAAUGUAACAUUUCCUGUUUUUUUUAACAAGAUUGUUUGCAUCAAUAAUUUUUCAAACUUGAACUGCCCAAGGAUGCAUGAUCUUGUGUACAGGAGAAAGGCAAAUGAUGCUUUAUUGGUGAACAUCUUACACUAUCAUUUAUUGUACACAUUGUUAGAUGUAAGAAAAAAAAAGAAAAUGUCACUUCAAAAUACAUUUUUCUUGAAAUUUGUUGAGAAGCAUUUUGUAUGAAUGAUCCUUCUAAAGCGUUGAAAUGACAACCAAUCCCAAUGCCACCAUUUAGUCCAGGAUAGGCCCCAUAGAAACUUGACCAAACCUUGUUUUUUUAUAUAUACAAUAUUUUUUGAUGGUUUCUUGUCAAUUCGAGGUGGCAUCAUCCAGAUUCGUAAUCAGCACCCUCGAAUUGACAAGAAACCAUCAAAAAAUAUUGUAUAUAUAAAAUAACAAGGUUAUGCCUCUUCUAUCCUGGACUAAUUCUGAUUAUGAUGAAGAGAGUGGGAAUCGUCACCUUUCUUACCUCUUGCUGUGAUAUUUAAUUAUACUCUAUUCGACUAUUCCUUUACUCUCUGAUUGAAAUGCUGUUUCUUUCUCAUUAUAUUUUGUUUAAUGUGAUAAACCAUUCCGAUUUUGCAGCUAAAGUGGUUGGGAGUUCUGUUAACAAUAUAAAGUUAAAGGACCAUUGACUUUUCAAUUUCACCUCGGUAGGCAAGGUCUAAAUUUGCAUGAUAAUUGAUCUCCUAUUCGAUAAUAGUGACACUAUUAUAUGAUAGUCAUGUAAAGCUUAUAACUAUUCCUUGUCCUACGAUCUUCCUGUAAAUAAAGCAGUUAAAUAAUGAAUAAACAUAC